GCGUCGGUCUUCGUCGGACAGGUUGUUUCUUAUUUUUUCACCUCAAACAAAACGACCAAUUUUUCUAUUAAACACAUGUCUCAUGUUUAUUUUCUCAAAGAUACUCUCCUCAUUAUCGUUAAUUUAAAAAAAAAUUCUAAAAUUUUCUCAAAAGCGUCGAUUCUACAAGCAGUCAUCUCAUUCGCGUUAGAUACACAAUAAGGAAACAAUUCAAAAACUUUGAAAAUUGAGAGUGAAAAUCCAGAAUAAUGACUACGAUGGAAGUUCCACCGAUGAAUGGAUUUUCAAAAUCCAAUAAAAUUGGAAGAAGAAAUGCUGUUCCGAUCAUCCACACAAGAGGAACCCACUAUGAAAUUGGAUUUGAUAUCGGACGCACCUUCGCGAAGAUUAUUCAAGAUUACAUAUCCAAUUAUCGGCCUCUACAAGAAUCAUAUUUACACGUUUAUGAAACCUUAGAAGGCAAGAAGGUUUACAAUGAAACUUUGGCCUGUGUAAAAGAGCAAUUUCCCCAAUAUGUCAGGGAAAUCGAAGGAACUGCAGAUGGAGCCGAAGUCCCCUUCCAUGAGCUAUUCCUAAUGCACCUGGAUGAUAUUUUACCCAACGUCGUUGAAGGAACCCAGGGUCAGCAGCAGCCUGUAGGUUGCACCUCAAUAAUCUGUAACCAACCAGGCCAGGAAAUUUUGGGACAUAACGAAGAUGCCCUGAGUGAGACCUUGAACCACUGGUACCUGGUGGAUGCUCACGUUAUUGAACCUGGCUUAAGAGAAGAAAAAUUCACUUCUCUCAGCUAUGCUGGUUUCCUACCCGGUUACACAAUGGGUUACAAUCAUCAUGGACUCGUUUACAGUAUUAACACUCUCAGUGCAAAAACCCUUAGAUCUGCGAAAACUCCUCGUUAUUUUAUCACCCGAGCUCUUCUCGGAGUUGAAAACUUCGUCCAGGCUCAAUUAACUUUAAGAAAUAAGGGUUAUGGAGCAGCCGAAGGUUUUUCAGUGAACAUGACUUUCCUUCUCCAGGAUGGAGACAGGAUGUUUCAUAAUGCUGAAGUUGGACCAGCUGAACCUGAUUCAGAUCAAUCGCAACUUUGUAUCCUCACUGCCAGCCCAGGAGAAACUAUUAGUCACUGCAACAAGUAUUUACGGCUAAAGGUUCCCGAAGUAACAGGUGUGAUAAUAGAUAGUAGCGUUCAUAGAAUGGAAGCCAUUCAAAAACAUUCACCACCUAAAAAUCGCGAAGAUGUUAUUAACAUUCUGAGUGAUCAAACAGGCAACAAAUACAGAAUAUUUCAAGAAUUUGGAAAAGAAGAUUACGUAAAAACUAUUGCAGUUGGAAUUUUCGAUUGCAUCGAAAAAACGUGGUCACUUUACACAGACAAACCAAGCUGCAACGAUCCGAUUCUGGUGAUUCCACUCCAACUAAAUAACAACAACUACCUGACUUCUUCGAAACGACCGUAGAUUCAACAUUCGAAGAAGAUAAUAAGAAUUGCUAAUUUGAUUUUCAUUCUAAGUGAAACUUUGUGAAUAUACAAACUAAUCCAUCCUGCAAGUGUCUAUGUAAUUAUUAAAAUAUUGUAUACGAAUCACUGGAAAAUUGUAUUAAGUAUAAAAAAUAAAUAAAUUCGAAAUUAUUCAAA